AUGGCAUACUUUACCAGGUCUUUAAUCCUCAUAAUUGCACUACUCGUAUUAUUAGACAAAGUAUUAUCCACCGACCACACCCAUAACGAUAUCAGUGUUAUUGACCCAAAUGGGAGUACGUCAUGGUAUUAUAGUAGUAGUUCAUACCGUAUUGCAUGGACGCAGACUAAACAUGCUUUUAAGUGGGACAUUAUGCUGUACAGCGCAAAAACCUCGCAGAAGAUUUUAGAUAUCCGUAAAUCUGUGAAUGAGUACAAAGACAAAGUGCCCAUGACUUUCUAUUGGUUGAUGAGUCGUGACGUAUCUAUCGGACGGUACUUCAUACGAGUAAAGGAAAGUAACAUGGACAACGUUUAUGGAGACAGCCAAACCUUUGAAAUUACAGAAAAUGACGAGGAGUCCGCUUCGUUCAGCUCUACUGACGACCCAUACUCACCAACCACACAAAACUCAAACUACAUAUUCACAUCAUUGAACGCAACACAUCAACAACGUGACCUACAUCCACACGAAAUAAAACACAAAAUAAAGUUAGAGAACGAGGCCAAGAGAUUCAGRGCGAYUAACAUGAGUAAACACUGGCCUGAACCGCGGAACCGCUGUACCAUAGAACGCAGGCAUCGUCCAAGUAGGCAAACAUUUUUGACCGAAUUUGUUGAGAAACAAAAACCUGUUAUAAUAACCGGUUUGAUGGACGACUGGCCAGCGCUGGAGAGCUGGGAUUUUGAUAAACUAGCUCCCAGACUUUUCAAAGGAAUCAAAGUUGACAUUCUCGAUGAGCUAUCUCCCUAUCAUCGAUGGAAUGAGUUCCGUUUAACCAUGGCGUCAUCAUUACGUCACUCACCUAAAGUCUACAUGGAUAAUUUUCACGAUAUUUAUCCAGAACUCAUGGAAGAUGUUAAGAAUCCUGACCUUUUCAGAGACAAAGAUGAUUUCCUUAAGAUUGUCGAUUCUGAUAUCAGGCCUCCCCAACUUUCAUUUCACAUGGAACCUAAGAGGUCUGGGUACCACUGGAAGGUUGAGGUUCUGAAUGGUUCGUUAUGGAACGCAUUGGUACAAGGACAUAAACGAUGGGGGCUAUAUCAUCCUAGCGUAUUCUUUCCCCCAGGGGUUGUGCACAACAAGUACCGAGUUCAAGAUGGUCAGUCAUCUGAUCCUUUCACAUGGUGGACCUACACACAGCCUCACUUGGAUGCUGAACGUCAACCCAUGGAAUGCGUCCAGGGGCCUGGGGAGAUUAUCUAUAUCCCGUCAGGGUGGUGGUGGAGUUCUGUUAACCUGGAGGAUUCUAUUAGUUUACAGMGUUGGUUUUGUGAUGAAUUCAGYCUACGAGCCUGCUUAGAUGAAAUGAAAGAGCAAUCUGACAGUAGUCCUGASAACARAUACGCAGACAUAUUUAUWCAKCUACGUCAUCAUUUGAAGAUCAAUUACCCAGAAAUCCUCACUAAAGAUGACCAUGACUUUCAAUCGCCAAUAAAUGGACUGGGAAAGAGCUUUGAUGAACUUCAGGAAGAACGUAGUGACUACAAAUAUGAGGAAUACUUUGGCAAACAUGAGCUGGGARCUACCACAGAAGAAUAAGAUACAUGGACGAAGAAAUAAUUGACGCAGUAAAUAUUACGUAGCCUGGUAAACGACAAAAGUAGUGAAUAAAAAUUGUGGAAAGCGUACAAAAAGUGUGAAAAUAGUAUGAAAAGAAAAAUCUAAAAGACCA